UGCGUGUGACGUCAUGCACGUGCUGGUUGAUGAAUCACGUGCUUCAGUGUCGCUCAUUGCUGCCCACAGACGGAAAGGCAACAGUGUCACCAAGUAUUGUGUUGCAGCAUCACCAUGACGGCGGUCUACUUGGCGAUCAUCUUUCUCGCGGCGACUGCGCGGGCGGCAAUACCCACAGGCUACAUUAUGCAGGUGACCCCCGACUGCGGCUCCACCGAUGUCGGUGACGGCGUCAUCACCAUCAUAUCCGACCUCAGCGUCAAGGCCAGAGCCGUGUGUGCCGGCAACAAGAAGUUUGACUUCACCACACUGGACGGCGUCAGCCACGUCCUCCCCUUCUCCUACCCCACAGGAGGAUCACACCCCUGCGUCUUCAAUAAGAGGCAGCACACGCGAAUCUUCUCCGCCAGGGUGCUGGUGUCCUACGGGCUGUUCGGAAGCCAGGUGCAUCAUGGGCUGGAAGAGUACAUUGUCACGUGCACAUUCAGCCCUUCUGGGGAGGACAUCAGCAAGAUCAGCAAGAUCACCCAGUCACUCCUAGCAGCCAAUGCGAUCCACAGCUACGUGGGAGGCGACACAAGCUCCACCAUCAUCCUCAAGAUGGUGGACGUCCUCGGCCACAACCUCAACGGAAGGAGCGUGGACCUGGGCAGGACGGUGCAGCUCAAGGCCGUCAAUACAGGGACGGAGCCCGGUAUACGACCAGUCUCCUGCGACGCCAUCGACAGCUCUAGGGCGCGAUACUCCAUCCUCAGAGCCGGGUGCGGGGACGGGAUCGUGUUCCCCAAGACUGUGGGCUUCAGGACCACGGGCAAGAGGACCCGCAGCCCCUACUUCCAGGCCUUCACCAUCAACGUGGACCCCAUCCUCAAGUUUGAGUGCAACUUCACCGUGUGCGGCACGGAGUGUGACGGGGACUCCUGCAAGUCCGCCCCGCCGCCUGGACGACAGAAGAGAGGCUUAGCCUCCGACAGCUACAGUGUGGCCGCUACGGGUGCCGUCGCCAUUAUCAACACCGCCCCGGACAAGUCGUGGGUCGGCGAAACACGCGUGGACCAGUCCUAGAGAAAGAAACAAAAACUGGUUGUGGAGUUUUAAUAAAUACUCACAUACUUUA